AUAGAUGUCAUCCGGAUACAGAAAUGUGCUUUUAUAUGCCAAAUUGAAAUUGUGUGGAUGUUGUGGCUAAUUUAAUCGAUCUGUGGAGUCAUAGAUUAAGAAGUUGAUAAAACAUCAAUUGGGAAGUGUGUGGGCACUAAUAUCAUGGAGAGAACCCUUUAUUGGAGUGUGCAAAAACUAAUCUAAUAAAUAAGACCAUUUUUGUUCAUUGGGUGUAUUAGUGUCGUAUUUGUUAUAUGUUAAGAUUAAAUUAUUUAUAUCCGGCAUGAUAUGUACAAAUCUAUAAACUUUGCGUUUAGUAUUUCAUAUCUUACUGAAUGUUCUAUAUUGCUCUCACCCCUUUUUGUUCUUCACUUCAAGUGAGACAAACGAAUAGAUGAUAUUCGGAUGGAUCGGUGUUAUUUAAUAGUUUUUCAUUUGGAUGUUAUUUAGAUUUGAAAGAUGUGCAAAUGAGUUAUAACUUAUUAUCGGUGGCAAAGCUCUUGCAGCUCUCGAGAGAAAAUAAGAAGGGUGUUAAAUGUUAAUUAAAUGUUUGAGAAAAUUAUUGUUCCUGUGGAAGAAAACAAAGACCCAGUCUCGGAAAAAUACAUGAGCCUGGCCAAAUAAUUGUGCCUGAGAAAGAAAACAAAGAAUAGUCUUGGACACUUUAGCCAUUUAAUGGUAGCCAUUUAGGGAUGGGCGUUCGGGUAUCCAUUCAGGUUCAGGUCGGGUAUAUCGGAUUUUCGGAUAUUUCAGUAUAGAGGUAUAGAACUUGUUCGGGUAUUUAUGUACUUCAGAUCGGAUUCGGAUAUUUUUACUUCGGGUUCGGUUAUUUCGGAUCGGGUUCGGAUAUUUAGAUUUUGAAAAAAGAAAAAUUUAAAUUUUGCAUUUCUCAAAUUUCUUGUAUUUAAAAAUAUAACUUUUACUUAACUAAUUUUUAAUUUUUGAUAGAUUGAAUGGUUAAUAGAUUUGGACAUAACAUUUUGAAACUAAAAAAGACAUUAAUUUGGUUAUUGUUUUUGAAUUUUGGAUGUAACUUUUUGUUAAUUUUUGAAAUAAAAAGUUUGACAUGCAUUUCAAGUGAGUACCAAAUCAUUUUUUCAGUAAUUCUAUGUAUAUCAUAUGAACUUAAAGUAUGUGUAGUAUCAAUAUAAAUAUUUUAAAUAAAAUGAGAGAAGUAAAUUAGAAAUAUAUGGUUAAUUAUACAUAUGUUCAGUUAUCUUCGGAUAUCCAUUCGGGUUUGGAUAUUACAUGUUCGGAUUCGGAUAUCCAAUCUCUCCUAAUUCAAUACCCGUUCGGAUAUUUUGCUACUUCGGUUCGGAUUUCGAUUCGGGUUUUUCGGAUCGAGUUCGAGUGCGGCUUCGGAUAUCGGUAAAGUGUCCACCUCUAAGCCAUUAAAUGGAAGAAAACAAAGACAUGGUCUUGGACACUUUGGCCUUUAAAAAUGAAUUUAUGUUCUAAACAAAAUAUAAGAACAAGAUUGGUCUAAUAAUGUGGCUAGUUAACAAGGAGCUUAAUAAAAGGUUAGUAGAAUAGAGGUAAGAAAGAAGCGUUGUUAUCAAUAUCUAAUUGGUGAUAAACGAACUAAACAGUAAUCUUUAACAAGCAAACAAAACGACUGAAUAGUAUAUAACUAGUUUAAGUGAAAGAAAUAUGACAUAUAAAAAAAACAAAAUACAUACUUUUUAAUUAAACUAAGGGUUAAGUCAUUUCACUAUAAACAUACAUGAAUUCUUCAAAGGACACAAAGUCAACAUAACCCAUAUUGUAAGUUACAGUUGAUCAACAAUAUAAGUUAAUCCAAGUCAAGCGUGUUGAGCACGAUUAAUCACUGUUUUGAUGAUAGCAACGGUCAACUAUUUAUCUUCUUGACUUGAAGAAACUUUGGAACCAUUGGAUCCAUCUGCAUCUUAUAUAAAUAACUCAUGUGAAGAGCUUAAUAUCACACUUCCUUCCACUUCAAAACAUCACAAAAGUAUUAAAGAAACACUUAAAAACAGAAGAAAGAAAGAAAAAAACAACAGAAGAAGAAAUGGGUUUAAAAAUGAAAGAGAGAUCAAGAAAAGGAGGUUUUGUUGCGAUAUUGGUUCUAGUCUUUUGUUGCUUCUUCGAGAAUAUGACCGGGAUCUCGAUCGCUGUUUCACCUUAUGAACCAGUUACAAGUUAUAUUUCGGGAAGGUUCUUUGUUCUCCACAACAAAUAUGAGAUGCUGAAAUCGUUGCCAUCUUAUAAUGAGUACCACAUAAGACUCAACCUAGCGACAGUUCAAGUUUGGCAAACGAUAAGAAGCAGGUGUAGAGAUGGUUUCAUCACUUUGAGCAUCAAAUCAGUGCAUUUUUUCAUCUCAAAGCUUAUGCAAUAUAGAUAUUCAAUAUCACUUGUAACUCCAGUCUAUCACUCUUGGACGUCUCGAAUUAUUUUCUGGGUUACAUUAACACGAUCAGUCUCGUCAAUGUCUAACGACACCGCUUUAUGAUUUUUUUUAAUCUUCACACAAGGUGUGGUUGUUUUAUAUGUACGCAAACAUGUAAGUGACAUUUGGAUAUAUAAAGAUAUAGAAGACCUACAUGGUUGAUAAAAUAAUAUUUUGUCAACCAAUUGCAAAAAAGUUUAAUAUAUUAUUAAGUAUGUUAUUUUA